AUGAAGAGCAGUAAUUUACUUUUAAAUAGUACCAGGCUUUUCGUAACAAAAUAUUUUCCCCAUAGGCUUUCAAGCUCAACUGCUACUUCGUCGCAGACGAGGAAGUCUCGUUUAAAAGAUGGACCAGGUCUUAAAGACUUUAUUAUUGCUGAUCAGGAGCGAAAAAGAUUAAAGAAAGUUUCUCCGUCAGUUGAAGAAACAGAAACCUACUUAAAACCUGAAGAUUAUAACGGAGGAGGCAGAAAAGUUAAGUUCGUAACAUAUGGAUGUCAAAUGAAUGUGAACGAUAUGGAAAUCGUUAGAUCAUUGUUGUUUCAGAAUGAUUAUCAAGAAACAAAUGAUGAGCAAUCAGCUGACGUAGUUCUCUUGAUGACUUGUUCCAUAAGGGAAGGUGCCGAAGAGAAAGUGUGGAGAGAAUUAAAAAAGAUAAAACGAAAUGCUUCUCGCUCUCAGGUUGUCGGGGUCUUGGGUUGCAUGGCGGAAAAUGUUAAACACUCAUUAUUUAAAAGGAAAGGAUUAAUUGAUGUUGUUGCUGGUCCUGACUCGUAUAAAGAUUUGGCUCGUUUAUUAGCUGUAGCCCGGUCAGGUACUAAUGCCAUUAAUGUCCAGCUCUCCCUCGAAGAGACUUAUGCUGAUGUAGCACCUGUCAGAGUAGACCAAAACACUCGAACAGCAUUCGUAUCCAUAAUGAGAGGCUGUGAUAAUAUGUGCAGCUUUUGCGUGGUACCCUUCACGCGUGGAAGAGAGCGAAGUCGUCCCAUCGACUCUAUAUUAGAGGAGGUUAGACGUCUAAGUGAUGAGGGUUACAAACAGAUCACCUUAUUGGGCCAAAAUGUUAACAGUUAUCGUGACAAUUCCGAGUCAAUACACAGUAUGCUCAGCUCGUCAGGGCGAGUUCCUGGUUUCAACACAGUCUACAAACCGAAGCAAGGAGGAAGAUCAUUUGCUAUGUUGUUAGAAAAAGUAUCCGAGAUCGAUCCUGAAAUGAGGAUUCGCUUCACGUCCCCACAUCCCAAAGAUUUCCCAUUAGAGGUGAUUGAACUAAUUAGAGAACGUCCCAAUAUAUGUAAUCAACUUCACAUGCCCGCACAAAGUGGUGAUAAUGAAACUCUGGAACAAAUGGGCAGAGGGUACACCCGAGAAGCGUAUUUGAAACUGGUUGAAGAUGUUCGUAGUUUACUACCGGAUGUUUUCAUCACAAGCGAUUUCAUCGCUGGGUUUUGUGGAGAGACAGAAGAGGCUCAUAAAAGAACACUUGAUCUUAUGAAAGCUGUCGAGUAUUCAUUCUGCUAUGUUUUUCCUUAUAGCUUACGAGGGAAAACAAGAGCUCAUCACAGAUUAACUGAUGAUGUUCAUCCGGACGUUAAAAAAAGGCGACAUCAAGAACUGGCUUCUGUAUUCCGCGAAACAUCGUUAAAGUUUCAUUCUCGUCUGGUCGGCACUAAUCAAUUAGUUCUUGUCGAAGGGGAAUCGAAACGAUCUGAUAAGUUCAUGCAAGGACGAUGUGAUGGAGGAACAAAAGUUAUUUUCAACAGGACGGAUAAUAUAAACGUAGGAGAUUAUGUUAGUGUACAGAUCGAAAACUGCUCAUCUCAGACUAUGAGUGGCUCAUUUCUAGGUAGAACAACGCUGACUGAGUUCAGCAAAGCAUAG